AUGCACUCUUCAGUGCAGACGGAUGAAUUUUUCCUCUUGAGAACAUCUGGUUUGACUGUUUUGGACCGGUGGUUAAAGAACAUAUCGGUCAUCCUAUUUCUCAAUAAGCAAGAUCUUCUCGCAGAAAAAGUCAAAUCCGGCAAAUCCAAAAUCGAGACCUAUUUCCCUGCCUAUGCAACCUAUCAAGCCACAGCUGAUGUCCUCGCAGAGUACAGUGAAGAGGAUCCAGAAAUUGUCCGGGCGAAGUUCUUCUUCCGCGAUGAAUUUUUGGUGAGUUAUUCUCUAUCUCGAUCUCUUUUAGCACCUGAACCCUAG